GGGACGUGGGCGCCAUUGUGGUGUGUGGUGUGGAGAGAGAAUUGGAGAGGUGAGGUUGGGAUUGGACAGUGCGGUGACGUCAUGGUGCGAUGUCGCGACGGCUAGAUGCGGCGUGGACGGGGGAGGUAGUUCGGGCGCGCCCUAUGAGUACUGGGACUCCAUCUGGCGCUGGGGAUAUAAGAAUGGCGGAUUCAAGGCUUGGGAAUAAGCAGACGUAGCAUUGAGCUGCCAGCCCCCGGAUUCCUAUAACUGUCCCUCCAAUAUUCACACAGCACCACCAGGUCUCGCCCCAACAACACCCGCAACCAUGUCCUCCUACUGGAUCAAAACAGAAGACUGGCACACCGCCGGCGAACCCUUCCGCAUCGUCUCCACCCUACCCCCCGACACCCUCCCCUCCUCCCCCACCGUCGCCCUCCGCCGCCAAGCCAUCCUCUCCACCCCCCACCACCCCCUCGACACCCUGCGCCGCCAACUCUGCCACGAGCCCCGCGGCCACGCCGACAUGUACGGCGGCUUCCUGACGCCCCCCGACGACGCAGGCGCGCACUUCGGCGUGCUGUUCUGGCACGCCGACGGCUUCUCGACCGCGUGCGGCCACGGCACCAUUGCGCUGGGGUACUGGGCGGUGAGCACGGGGGUGGUCAAGGCGGCGGGCGACGGGGUCGUGGAUGUCGUGGUCGACGUGCCGAGCGGGCGGGUAGUAGCGCGGGUAGGCGUCCAGGGGGGCCGGCCGGUGCACGCGGACUUUGUGAACGUGGCGAGCUACGUGCUGGCACGGGGGUUGGGGGUUGAGAUCCAGGGCGGGCGAGUCGAGGUGGAUCUGGCGUUUGCGGGCGCGGUGUAUGCGACGCUAGACGCGGCGCAGGUCGGGCUGCGGGUGCAGCCGGGGAAUGCGAAUCGGUUUGUUGAGUUGGGCAGGGAGGUCAAGAAGGCUCUGGGGCAGCGGGCGCACUAUGGCGAUUAUGAUUGCUAUGGGGUGAUAUUCUACCACGAGGAUGAUGCGGGUGCGGAUCCGGUAAGGCAGACGAACGUCACGGUCUUCGCGGACGGCCAGAUUGACCGCUCGCCGUGCGGGUCGGGGACGGGUGCGAGGCUGGCGGUGCUGCUGGCGGAGGGGCGGCUGGGGGCUGGGCGGUCGAAGCUGAUACACGGCUCGAUUGUGGGGUCGACGUUCGAGGGCGAUAUCGUGUCAGAGGAGACGAGUCCGAUUGAGGGCGGUGCUCCAGCGUGCAUACCGCGAGUGCGAGGCUACGCGAAUCUGGUUGGACGGAUGGAGUUUUUCAUCGAUCCAGAGGACCCGGUGCUGCCGUUUACACUACGGUGAAUUCUUGGAUCAAUAAAAGCCUGCCGUGUUUUUAAAUUUUUAUCAAAUUGACUUCAAUUAAAAGGCUUUUGCAGCAGCACCC